GGGGAUCAGUCACGUAAAUAUAAGAGCAGAAAUCGACAAACCGCCAUAUCAGUACUCGAGCGGGGACGAAGCCCUAACGAACGGCUCCCUCUCCCGCCAUAGCAGUUAUCGAUCAGAAAAAUCCUAACGAACACCUGCUCUCCUUCUCUUCCUUCCCUCUCCCCUCCACUCCUCUUCUUUCUGCAAUGGCGCCUUCUCAGUCUCAUCAAGUUAAAUCCCUCAACAAAUCUCAUGGCCGCAGGCGCUUCGUCUUCAAGAAUUUCGCUCAGAGACUGGAAGAAAUCGAGAUUGAUGUCUACCGCAAUCUCGACACGAUCAAAUCCGAGCCGUCGGAUGGUUCUUCAUUCUUCCGAGAGAGCCUUCUUCAUUGGCGGGAAUUGAAUACUGCUGAGGACUUCAUUUCAUUUUAUGAAGAAAUGAUGCCAUGGGUGCAAACGUUGCCUCAGAUUUUAUUGCAAAAGGAAACUAUCGUUUCAAAACUUAUUUGUAGAUUGAAAAUGGAAGCGAAAUUAUCACUUGAACCCAUUCUCAGGUUGAUUGCAGCUCUAUCAAGGGACCUCCUAGAGGAGUUUUUGCCCUUUAUGCAGAGGAUAGCAGAUUCAUUAGUGGACCUCCUUAAAAAUGGCGGUGAUAGGGAACCUGACAUCCUUGAGCAGGUUUUUACAUCUUGGUCAUAUAUCAUGAUGUAUUUGCAAAAGUAUCUUGUGCGGGAUGUUGUUCUUGUUCUCAAAAUUACAAUUCGUCUGAGGUAUUACCCCAAAGAUUAUGUCCAAGAAUUUAUGGCAGAGGCUAUUUCAUUUUUGCUGAGAAAUGCACCGAAUGAGCAACUUAUAAAAGGUGUUAGAAAGAUCAUAUUUGAAGUUGCAAAGAAACCCUCAUCCGAGCGAAAAGUUGGAGUCAGCUCUUUGUUAUGGCAUGUUUUGAGAGGAACUUCAUCAAGAUUGCACUCAAAAGCCAAGAAAGUGUUACGGUUGUUGAUAGACAGUUCUACUAUUGGCAUUGGCGACAAAUUUACACCAGGUUCUGACACUGUUGUAGAGGUUAUAACUGGUGCUUUUCAAAGAUUAUGGGAGGAGCUUGAUUCCGAAGAAUUGAAUUUGGUGUUGAAUUGCUUAACUGAGGAAAUAUUGGGUUGUGUAAGUAAUCGAUGCUUCUCAUAUCUGAGUCGGUUGCUGUCUCUCCUUAUAUCUACCAUCCAGUUUAGCAAGGGGUGCAAAAUUUUUGAAUACCAUUCGAUCGUGCUAAGCCUCAUAGAGACAGUCAUCAUGCCUUCGGCCACUAAUAAGAUGGAAGAGGAUUAUUCUUCAGAUGUUGUCAGUAGAACUCUGCAGUUAAUGGUCUGCCUUCUUGAUAUCCUUGAUGACCCAUCAACCCUCUCAAGGAUUUCAUUGCAGUGGGCUCCAGUAUUUGAGUUGAGAAACUCGAGUUUGCUACCUUUUAUCAAAGGACUACUUGAAAAGGAUUCCAGUAUUCUCCAUGCUUUCAGAAGUUAUAUAAUAAGUGCGCUGAGUGAUUUAAUUGAAGCUUCCCCUGAAGAAGUUCUUUAUUUGAUGCUGACAUUCUUUGAGAGACUGCAAGGGAAACUGCAACUGUCUGAUGGCUUUGAUGGAGUAUCUGAAGAUAAAGUUUCACGAAUAUGCAAUUUCUUUCAAGAGACAAUCUGCAGUUGGACCAGGUUGAUUAGUGAUAUUGCAACAGCAAGUGAUCAAUCGAUUGUCCACGAGUCCAAUUUGUCUGUACUCUGGGGAACUGUCAGCUGCUACCCUUACAUUUUUGGUUCACGAGCAGACCUUUCUUUGAUAAUGAAUUUAGUAAAUGCUCUUGAUCAACUCCUGACAAGAGAAGCUGAUGAAAUUGCAGGUUUCGAGAAGAAAAUUUGGCUAAGCCUAGUUGGUUCUGCCUUGGUAUCUUAUCAUAAAUCGUCUUCAGGUAGGCAGUCUGGACUUUCAGAAACAAGCAACUUCUUGCAACUUGCAAAAAAAUACAAAUCAUCUGCGCAGGUGUUGUGUGCUGUGGCUGAAUUUCUGGACUCAAUAUUUGGUGACAGGACUACAUGGGAAACACAUCCGAGUCAUAAUAUAUUUCACCCAGAUCUUGAGGUCGAGAAAGCUGUCGAUGCAAUCAACAUAUUUGCAGAUAACUUGGGCCUUUCAGAUAAGGCAAUUCGGACAUCAACUCUAAGGAUAUUGUGCCAUUACAAACCUAUAGAUUGUCAACUGUCUACGGGUGAUCAUCAUGCUCAAAAGAAACUAAAAACAGAAGGAUCUCAGCAAUGUGCUGAAAAUUCACACUGCAGCAAUGUUAUUCAGAUCCUCCUUGCGAUUGAGGCAACUCCUCUUUCAAUUUCUACAAGCAGGAAAGUUGCAGUCCUAAUCUCUAAAAUACAGAUGGACCUUGCUGCGGACAGGAUCUCUGAAGCAUAUGCACCCGUUCUAUUGAAUGGAAUUAUUGGCAUCUUCCACAAUCGAUUCAGCCAUCUCUGGGAGCCAGCAACCGAGUGCCUUGCAGUUCUAUUAAACAAACAUGCUGGGCUUGUUUGGGACAGAUUUGUUCAGUAUCUUGGAAAUUUACAAGUGAAGUAUCUGGCCUCUCCUGGUGAUCAUGAGAGAUCGGAUUCUGAAAGUUCCAUCAAGUCAAGCGCUCUGGGUGAGUGCUUCAAUUCAUUUGUUACCCUGGAUACCGAUAGCACGCCCUGCACCAUGGUAUUGGUUAUUCUGUUGCAGUCGAUCCAAAAGGUCCCAGCAAUUGCGGAGUCUCGAUCUCGACAACUGAUACCUUUGUUCUUUAAGUUUUUGGGGUCCAAUGAUGAUGAUAUUACAAGCAUCAGAUCAGUUAACUGGCAUUCUAGCAAAGGCAAGGAAUGGAGGGUGGUCCUUAAAGAAUGGCUUAACCUUUUGAAACUGAUGCGCAACCCUAAGUCUUUAUAUGGAAGCCAAGUUCUCAAGGAGGUUAUGAUAAAUAGGCUUCUUGAUGAAACUGAUUCUGACAUACAAUUGAAAGUUCUUGAUUGUUUGUUGAAUUGGAAAGAUGAUUUUCUGGUCCCAUACAAUCAACAUCUUAAAAAUCUGAUCACUUCAAAAAAUUUACGGGAGGAGCUCACAACCUGGAGUUUGUCAAAAGAAUACCAUCAUAUUCAAGAACGUCAUCGAGGACAUCUAAUCCCUUUAGUUAUCCGGAUACUGAUGCCGAAAGUCAGAAAAUUGAAGACACUCAGCUCACGGAAGCAUGCAGGUGUGAGUCACCGAAAGGCAGUUCUUUGUUUCCUGUCAGAACUUGACAUUAAUGAGCUCCCACUCUUUUUCUCCUUGCUAUUAAAGCACUUACAACCUGCUGCUUAUGGAAGUGAGGGUUUUGAAAAUCGGUUUUGGAGCUCAUGUGAAAGUUUUCUAGAUGAAUUUCAGGCAUCCAACUUUGUAAGAAAUUUUGUUGAAGAUACGAUCACAAAUCUUUCUUGGAAGAAGAGAUGUGGAUUCUUGCAUGUAACUGAAGAUAUUUUGAGAACGUUUGAUGAAUCACAUAUUGAACCUUUUCUUAAUCUAUUGAUGAUAUUUGUUGUGCGGAUACUGGAAAGUUGCACACUGAGCCUAAUCAAUGCAAAGAGCAGUGGUUCUUCUCUUGUUGGGGAUGAUUCUACUCUUGACCUGCCUCCACAUGAGUCAUUUGGUGCUACAGAAGAUCCAAUUAUGACUAAUACCGCUACUAAGCAGUUUAAGGAUUUGAGAUCCUUCUGCCUGAAGAUCAUUUCAUUUGUUCUCAAUAAGUAUGAAAAUCAUGAUUUUGGUUCCCAAUUCUGGGACAUCUUCUUUAUGUCAGUGAAACCUUUGAUUGCCGGUUUCAAGCAGGAGGGUUCUAGCAGCGAGAAACCAAGUUCACUGUUUUCAUGCUUUGUUACAAUGAGUAGAAGCCCCAAACUUGUCUUGCUUUUGGAUUGCGAGAAGAGUCUUAUCCCUAAUAUAUUCUCAAUACUGACAGUGAAGACUGCUUCUGAUGCUAUUAUAACUUGUGUUCUUAAUUUCAUUGAGAACCUCCUGCACAUGGACAAUGAUUUGGAAGGUCAUGAGGAUUGCACCGUAAAAAGAAUUAUACUGCCUCACAUUGACGAACUGAUCAUCAGUUUGCACACUCUUUUCCAUUGCCACAAAGUAACCCAGAGGAAAUCUGCCAUGUGGCCUGGAAAGACAGAGCUUAGAAUUUUCAAACUACUAGUGAAGUAUAUAAAGGAUCCAUUGGAAGCAAGGAAAUUCGUUGAUAUUAUGCUUCCGCUUUUAGCAAGGAAAGCUCUAGACUCAGAUGAGUGUGUUGAAGGUUUGCAUAUCAUUCAAGGGAUCUUGCCAAUUUUGGGUUGUGAAAGCAUCAGUCAGAUUCUGAAUGCAGUCUACCCACUUCUUCUUUCUGCUGGACUGAAUAUACGGUUGUCCAUCUGUGAUAUUCUUGAUGGUCUUUCUGUAACUGACCCUUCUUUAGACUUUCUGGCCAAACUCUUGCGCGAAUUGAAUGCAACAUCUGUCUCUGAAAUUGGUGAAUUUGAUUAUGACACUAGAGUCAAUGCUUAUGAAGCAAUAACACUGAACUUCUUUUCUUCACUCAAAGAAGGUCAUGCAUUAGUUAUAUUGUCUCAUUGUGUGUAUGAUAUGUCUUCUGGGGAACUGAUUUUAAGACAAAGUGCUUCAAGGGCACUGCUCUCGUUUAUUCUGUUUGCUGCCUCGAUUUUGGAGCGUGAAAAGAUGGGUUGUCAGGAUAUGCAGUUACAUGAUGAAACACGUGCUCUGAUGAUGCCUAUAGCCACGGGAACAUUCAAUGCUAAUAGGAGUUGGACUGAAGCAUGCAUUCAACGCCUCAUAAAUAAAUUUUUUCUGCUGCAUAUGGGUGAAGCAAUGAGCAAAGAGAUGUCUGUCCAAAAGGAAUGGAUUUCUUUAUUACGAGAUAUGGUUUGGAAUUUUCCAGGAAUACCGGCCCUAAAUUCAUAUAGACCUUUGUGCAGUGAUGAUGCCGAAGUAGAUUUUUUCAACAACAUACUUCACUUACAGAAACAUAGAAGAGCAAGGGCGUUGUCACGUUUCAGAAAUGUCAUAACUGCUGGGAAUUUUUCGGAGAGAAUCACAAUGAAAGUAUUUGUUCCACUCUUCUUCAAUAUGAUGUUUGACGUAAAAGAAGGGAAGGGAGAGCAUGUCCGAGAUGCAUGCUUAGAAACACUUGCUUCUAUAUCUGGUUGCAUGCAGUGGGAUUCAUACCACACAUUUUUAAUGAGAUGUUUCCGGGAGAUGACCUUGAAGCCAGAUAAACGUAAGGUCCUACUACGGUUGAUAUGCUCCAUUCUGGACAGGUUUCACUUCUCUGAAACCGACUGCAGUCAAGACAGAGAAGAUAAUUUAUGUGAGGUUUCAGAUACCAAUAUCGUUAAAGGGAGUUCUGCCACUGUAUUGGCUUGUAGUUUUACCUCUCGCAUCCCCACUGAAAUACAGGCCUCCCUACAGAAGACGGUACUUCCACAAAUACAGAAGUUGCUGACCUCUGACACAGAGAGAGUCAAUGUCACCAGUAGCCUUGCUUCUCUAAAAUUACUAAAGUUGUUACCUUUGGACACUUUAGAAUCACAACUUCCAAGUAUUAUUCAUCGGAUUUCUAAUUUCCUGAAGAAUCGUUUGGAAAGCAUACGGGAUGAGGCCAGGUCUGCCUUGGCUGCAUGUUUGCAAGAGCUGGGACUGGAAUACUUACAGUUCAUAAUUAAAGUUUUGCGAGCCACCUUGAAAAGAGGAUAUGAGCUUCAUGUUCUGGGAUAUACUCUACAUUUCAUAUUAUCAAAGGCUCUUUCGAACACUAGCGUUGGAAAGUUAGAUUACUGCUUGGAAGAGGUCCUUUCAGUAGUUGAAAAUGAUAUUAUUGGAGGUGUUGCUGAAGAGAAAGAGGUCGAGAAAAUUGCUUCAAAAAUGAAAGAAACUAGGAAGACUAAGUCCUUUGACACUUUAAAGCUUAUAUCACAGAGUGUUACAUUCAAAACCCACGCUUCGAAGCUGUUUUCACCCAUUCAAGCUCAUCUACAAAAGCAUCUCACACAAAAAGUGAAGGUUAAACUUGAGACAAUGUUACAUCACAUAGCUGCAGGUAUUGAAUGCAAUCCAUCUGUUGAUCAGAUCGACCUAUUUAUCUUCAUAUAUGGGCUCAUUGAAGAUGUUAUUACAGAAGUAAAUUUGAAAGAGAAGAACAAAUUGAUGACCAAGACUGAUAAACUAUGGAAUAACGAAACAAUCAAAGAAGGAAAUCCUGGCAAAGUUGUUUCUGGUGAAUUCCGAAGUUCUCAUCUGAUUGGAGUGUUUGCUCUUGGUGUAUUGCAUAAUCGUUUGAAAAACAUGAAGCUUGACAAGAAAGAUGACCAAUUGUUAUCAUUGUUAGAUCCUUUCGUUGGAUUGCUAGGAAAAUGCUUGAGUUCCAAGUAUGAAGAUGUUCUAUCAGUAGCUCUCAAAUGUCUUGCUCCAUUGAUAAGACUGCCCCUGCCAUCUCUUGAAGUGCAGGCUGAUAAGAUAAAGACUUUGCUUUUGGAUUUUGCCCAAAAAUCAGUAACUACUAGCAGUCCUUUAAUGGAGUCCUGCCUAAAAUUGCUGACAGUGCUCUUGCGAAGCACUAGGAUUUCUUUGUCGAGUGAUCAAUUGCAUAUGCUUAUACAGUUUCCACUCUUUCUUGAUCUUGAGACCAAUCCUUCCUUUGUUGCCCUUUCGCUUUUAAAAGCAAUUAUUGGCCGGAAGCUGGUUGUCCCUGAGAUCUAUGAUGUUGUUACUCGAGUUGCAGAGUUGAUGAUCACGAGUCAACUUGAACCAAUUCGCAAGAAGUGCAGCCAAAUUCUAUUGCAAUUCCUGCUGGACUAUCAGCUUUCCGAUAAGCGCUUGCAACAACAUCUGGACUUUUUGCUUGCUAAUCUGAGCUAUGAACAUCCCUCUGGAAGAGAAGCUGUGCUUGAAAUGAUACAUGCGAUUCUGAUCAAAUUUCCAAAGAGCGUUGUGGAUAGUCAGGCUCAGACCUUUUUCCUCCAUCUGGUUGUUUGUUUGGCUAAUGACAGUGAUAGCAAAGUCCGUUCCAUGGUUGGUGCUGCAAUAAAACUACUGAUUGGUCGCACUAGCCAGCAUGCACUUCAUCCCAUUCUUCAGUACAACCUCUCAUGGUAUGUGGAUGAAAAGCCACAUUUGUGGAGUGCUGCAGCACAGGUCCUAGGAUUGCUGGUUGAAGUCUUGGGGAAAGAAUUCCAAAGACAUAUCAAUAAGAUAAUCCAAGUAGCGCAUAACAUUAUGAUGUCUGCUCUUGAUAAGGCUAUGAAUAAUGAAGUGAGUAAUUCUAAUGAAGCUACAAUCCCCUUCUGGAGAGAGGCUUAUUAUUCACUUGUGAUGUUGGAAAAAAUGCUACAUCAAUACCCAGAAUUGUAUUUACAAAAAGAUCUUCAGGGAAUAUGGGAAGCAAUCUGUAAAUUUCUGCUGUAUCCACACAUGUGGUUACGAAACAUAUCCAGCCGCCUCGUGGCCUCAUAUUUUGCAGUUGUAACACAGGCUAGAAGUUUGGAUCAGGGAAAGUUAGACCUGGGAUUUUCACUAAUGAAGCCAAGUAGUCUCUUUGCAAUAGCUGUUUCCCUCUGUUGCCAGCUUAAGUCCCAGCUGACUGAUGAUGCUUCUGGCAACAUUAUCACUCAAAAUCUCGUCUUUGCAGUAUGUGGUCUACAUUCCUUUGCAAGACAGAGAGAAUGCACCGAUCCACAUGUCUUUUGGUCUACCCUCGAGCUGCAUGAGCGAGACCAUUUUUGUAAGGCUUUUGAAUUGCUUGGUUCGAGAAAAGCAAUAGUCAUGUUUCAAUCCGUUUCAAGCAAUGAUCCAAGUGGGAAUUUAAUUGUAAAUGAUCAAAACAAAAGUGAGAAUCUUCCAUCAUUGCUAGUUGCACCUCUGCUUAGGAGAAUGGGGAAGUUAGCCCUUCAAAAGGAGGAUAUUCAGUUGAAGGUUGUCUUCAGUUGCUUCAAAAUGAUCUCAUCACAGAUUGGUUCAGAAGGUUGCCAUGACUAUGCAUUCCACAUGCUGCUACCAUUGUAUAAAGUGUGUGAAGGAUUUGCUGGGAAAGUCACUACCGAUGAAGUUAAGCAAUUAGCGGAAGAUGUUCGUGACAACAUUAAGAGGAUAUUGGGAGUUGAGAAGUAUGUUCAAGUUUAUAAUAUGAUCAGGAAGAAUCUCAAGGCAAAAAGAGACAAGAGAAGACAGGAAGAGAAGCUGAUGGCCGUCGUCAAUCCUAUGCGCAAUGCCAAGAGAAAGCUGAGAAUCGCUGCCAAGCACCGGGCCAACAAGAGGAGGAAGAUCAUGACAAUGAAGAUGGGGAGGAGAUGGUGAUGCUCUAGCAUCUUUUACCAAAUGGAGGGAACUCAUUGGGGGGCAGGGUGUGGGUGUGAAGGAA